CUCACAAGGCUAUAGUUCAAUAUUGCAUUCUGGGGCACAGACUGUGUGUCAAAUUGCGACUGGGCUCCUCGACACCAAGGCACUCCAAUUGCUGCAAGCCCUGCUCUGGAGUGCACUUCAAGACUGGGUCCGACUCCAGCUGGAGAUCCCUCUGCUCAGUCUGGGUCCAUAAGGUGAAUCGAGAGUCAGAGAGUGAACGGUGGCACUGGGGUGAUUUGGUUGGAGGGAAAGCCAGGCCGACCAAUGGGAUCAGGGAAGCUGGCUCAGGUGCUACUGGGAUGGGCGGCGGUGUGUCUUGGGGCAGUUCACUUAGCUGGUGCUCAAACUGGGAAUGGACCAUACCAAGCUAGCCGCUUCACGGGCAGCGUGGACCAGAGGGAGGUGCAGCGGGUUCGGCGUCGAGGCCAGGAGACACUGAGAGGGCCCAAUGUGUGUGGCUCUCGCUUCCAUUCAUACUGCUGUCCAGGCUGGAAGACUCUGCCUGGGGGGAACCAGUGUAUUGUUCCAAUUUGUAGGAACUCGUGUGGCGAUGGCUUCUGUUCCAGACCCAACAUGUGUACCUGUUCCAAUGGACAACUGUCUCCCAGCUGCGGAGCAGGAGCAGGAGUUCAGUCCUGUAACGUCAGGUGUAUGAAUGGAGGCAGCUGUGCAGAGGACGCCUGCUCCUGUCCAAAGGGAUACACUGGCAGCCAUUGUGGACAACCUGUUUGUGAGAACGGCUGCCAGAACGGUGGACGCUGCAUCGGACCCAACAGAUGUGCCUGUGUCUAUGGUUUCACUGGCCCGCAGUGCGAGAGAGACUACAGGACGGGGCCAUGCUUCACCCAGGUGAACAACCAGAUGUGCCAGGGCCAGCUUAGUGGAAUCGUCUGCACCAAAACUCUCUGCUGCGCCACUAUCGGCAGAGCUUGGGGACACCCCUGCGAGCAGUGUCCCGCCCAGCCGCACCCCUGCAGACGAGGCUUCAUUCCCAACAUCCGCACCGGAGCUUGCCAAGAUGUGGAUGAGUGCCAGGCAGUGCCAGGUCUGUGCUCUGGAGGCAACUGCAUCAACACUGUGGGAUCCUAUGAAUGUAAAUGUCCUGCUGGUCACCGUCAGAGCGAAACCAAUCACAAAUGUGAAGAUAUCGACGAAUGCAGCACCAUUCCAGGUGUGUGCGAUGGAGGAGAGUGCACCAACACCGCUGGUAGCUAUGUCUGCACCUGUCCACGAGGAUACAUCUCCAGCACAGACGGCUCCAGAUGUGUGGACCAGCGUGUGGGAACCUGUUUCUCUGCUCUGACCAAUGGCCGCUGUGCUGCCGAGCUGAGUGGUCAGUACACCAAGAUGCAGUGUUGCUGUGACACAGGACGCUGCUGGGCUCUGGGGCAGAUCCCCGAGAUGUGCCCUGUCAGAGGAUCUGAUGAGUUCAGGCGCCUGUGUAUUGUCGGUGUUCCUCAAGGACACGGUCUCCCUCAUGGCUACCCUAAUGGACACUUUCCCAACAACAAUGGCAAUGGGUUCAAUGGAUACGGAUACAAGUUCCCCAGUGUACCAAAUGGUAACGGAAAUGGAGGCAUCGGUGGCAACGGAGGACCGACGCACCAACACAUUGGCACUGUUUCUAUCAAUGACACCAUUGAUGUGUGCAAACAUUUUACCAACCUGUGUCUGAAUGGACGCUGCAUCCCAACACCAACAAGCUACCGCUGUGAAUGUAACAUGGGUUACAGGCAGGAUGUUCGUGGAGAGUGUAUAGAUGUUGAUGAGUGUGUGAGUAACCCAUGUAUCAAUGGAGACUGUGUCAAUACGCCUGGCUCGUACCACUGCAAGUGUCACGAGGGAUAUCAGGGAACUCCUACUAAACAGGCCUGCAUUGAUAUUGACGAGUGUAUUGUGAAUGGAGUGAUGUGUCGCAAUGGCCGCUGUGUCAACACUGAAGGAAGCUUUCAGUGCAUCUGCAAUGCUGGAUUUGAGCUCACUCCUGAUGGAAAGAAUUGCAUCGAUCAUGAUGAGUGUGCCACAACCAACAUGUGUCUGAAUGGCAUGUGUAUCAAUGAGGACGGCAGCUUUAAGUGUAUCUGCAAGCCUGGUUUUGCGCUUGCACCCAAUGGACGUUACUGCACCGACAUUGAUGAGUGUCAGACACCGGGCAUUUGUAUGAACGGACGCUGCAUCAACUCGGAGGGCUCAUUCCGGUGUGAGUGCCCACCAGGUCUGGCUAUCGAUGUGGACGGGAGAGUUUGUGUGGACACGCACAUGAGGACCACCUGCUAUGGUGCCAUAAAGAUGGGCACAUGCUCACGCCCGUUUCCUGGUGCCGUUACUAAGUCAGAGUGUUGCUGUGCCAAUCCUGAACAUGGGUUUGGAGAGCCUUGCCAGCCCUGCCCCUCCAGAAACUCAGCUGAGUUCCAGGCGGUGUGCAGCAGUGGAAUUGGGAUCACAGCUGAUGGCAGAGACAUCAACGAGUGCGCCUUGGACCCAGACAUUUGCCAGAAUGGCAUAUGUGAGAAUCUGAGAGGAAGCUACCGUUGCAUCUGUAACAUUGGCUAUGAGUCUGAUACAAGUGGAAAGAACUGUGUUGACAUCAACGAGUGUCUGGUGAACCGUCUGCUCUGUGACAACGGACUGUGCAGAAACACUCCUGGAUCGUACACAUGCUCCUGUCCAAAAGGAUUUGUUUUCAAACCAGACUCUGAAACCUGCGAAGAUAUUAAUGAGUGCGAGUCCAGUCCGUGCAUCAAUGGAGUGUGUCGCAAUGUGGCCGGGUCUUUCAACUGCGAGUGCUCCCACGGCAGCAAGCUGGACUCCACCAACACCAUCUGCGUGGAUAGCAUGAAGAGUACUUGCUGGCUCACAAUACAGGACAACCGCUGUGAGGUCAACAUCAAUGGAGCCACACUGAAGUCUGAGUGCUGCUCCACGCUGGGAGCUGCCUGGGGCAGCCCUUGCGAACCUUGCGAGAUUGAUACUGCUUGUUCUCGAGGAUUUGCUCGUAUGAAAGGCCUUGUCUGUGAAGAUAUAAAUGAGUGUGAGGUAUUCCCUGGAGUGUGCACAAAUGGCCGGUGUGUGAACACACAAGGCUCUUUCCGCUGCGAGUGCGCUGAGGGACUCACUUUGGACAGUACAGGCCGUACAUGUGUUGAUAUGCGUAGUGAGCAGUGCUACAUGAAGUGGCAUGAGGACGAGUGCGGUGCACCGCUGCCAGGAAGAUACCGUGUGGACAUGUGCUGCUGUUCAGUGGGCGCUGCCUGGGGCGUCGACUGUGAAGAGUGUCCCAAGGCAGGCACACCUGAGUACAGAUCCAUCUGUCCCCGAGGACAUGGCUUUGCAAACAGAGGAGACAUCUUGACUGGCAGGCCUUUCUACAAAGAUGUGAAUGAGUGUAAGGUCUUCCAGGGUCUGUGCACAUAUGGAACUUGCAGAAAUACCAUCGGUAGUUUCAAGUGUCGAUGCAACAGCGGCUUCGCACUCACUGCUGAGGAGAGGAACUGCACAGAUAUCGACGAGUGCCGCAUCUCCCCUGAUCUUUGUGGUCAUGGUACAUGUGUCAACACGCCUGGCAGUUUUGAGUGUGAAUGCUUUGAGGGCUACGAAAGUGGGUUCAUGAUGAUGAAAAACUGCAUGGACAUUGAUGAGUGUGAGAGGAACCCCUUGUUGUGCCGUGGAGGAAUCUGCCUGAACACAGAAGGGAGUUAUGAGUGUGAAUGUCCCACUGGACACUCACUGAGCAGCGAUGGGUCGGCUUGUGAAGAUGUGAAUGAGUGCCAGUUGAGCGACAACUUGUGCAAGAAUGGACAGUGUGUUAACAUGCCGGGAACCUACCAGUGCUCCUGUGACACCGGCUACCAGGCCACACCAGACCGACAGGGCUGCGUUGAUAUUGAUGAGUGUACCAUUAUGAACGGAGGCUGUGAGACUCACUGUACUAACUCGGAGGGUAGUUACGAGUGCAGCUGUAGUGAGGGCUACGCUCUCAUGCCUGAUCUCAGGACCUGUUCAGAUAUCGAUGAGUGUGAGGAGACUCCAGACAUCUGCGAUGGAGGCCAAUGUACCAACAUUCCUGGAGAAUAUCGCUGUCUGUGUUACGAUGGUUUCAUGGCAUCCAUGGACAUGAGGACCUGUAUUGAUGUGAAUGAAUGUGACCUAAACCCAAACAUCUGUCUCCAUGGUGACUGUGAAAACACCAAAGGCUCCUUUAUCUGCCACUGUCAACUGGGAUACUUUGUCAAAAAGGGAUCCACCGGCUGCACAGAUAUUGAUGAGUGUGAGAUUGGAGCUCAUAACUGUGACAUGCAUGCUGCCUGCAUCAACGUGCCUGGAAGCUUCAAAUGUCGCUGUCGAGAUGGCUGGGUGGGAGAUGGUAUCAAAUGUGUGGACCAAGAUGAGUGCUCUGCAGAGGACCACAACUGCAACCCUAAUGCAGACUGUGUCAACACACCAGGAUCCUACAGGUGUGCAUGCAAAGAGGGCUUCAAUGGAGAUGGCUUUUCAUGCUCUGACAUGGAUGAGUGUGCAGACAACGUGAACCUGUGUGAGAACGGCCAGUGUCUUAAUGCUCCUGGGGGCUACCGCUGCGAGUGUGAGAUGGGCUUCACUCCCACAGAAGACAGCAAGGCUUGUCAAGACAUCGAUGAGUGUAAUUUCCAGAACAUCUGUGUGUUUGGAACGUGCCAGAACCUCCCAGGGAUGUUUCGUUGUGUAUGCGAUGAUGGCUAUGAACUGGACCGGAGUGGAGGAAACUGCACUGAUAUCAACGAGUGUGCAGACCCUGUGAACUGCAUCAAUGGACUUUGUGUGAACACACCAGGAAGCUAUGUCUGUAACUGUCCAGCCGACUUUGAGCUCAACCCGACUGGUGUGGGCUGUGUGGACACGCGUGUUGGAAACUGUUUCCUGGACAUCCUUGCCCGAGGUGAUGGAGGAAUCUCCUGCAGUGCAGAGAUCGGAGUGGGCGUGACCCGAGCUUCCUGUUGUUGCUCCCUGGGAGGAGCCUGGGGAAACCCUUGUGAACUUUGCCCUGCUGCCAACUCCACGGAAUAUAAGACACUUUGUCCAGGAGGAGAAGGUUUCAGACCAAAUCCCAUCACCGUUAUCCUGGAAGAUAUUGACGAGUGCCAGGAGCUACCUGGUCUCUGUCAGGGUGGAAACUGUGUUAACACAUUUGGCAGCUUUCAGUGUGAGUGUCCAGCAGGCUACUACCUCAAUGAAGAGACUCGCAUCUGUGAGGAUAUUGAUGAGUGCACAACUCAUAUUGGAAUCUGCGGGCCCGGGACUUGCUACAACACUCUGGGCAAUUACACCUGUGUCUGUCCUCCGGAAUACAUGCAGGUCAAUGGAGGAAACAACUGCAUGGACAUGAGGAAGAGUGUGUGUUACCGCAACUUUAAUGACACGUGUGAAAAUGAGCUGUCGUUCAACAUGACCAAGAAGAUGUGCUGUUGUGCCUACAAUGUGGGAAAAGCCUGGAACAAGCCAUGCGAGGCCUGUCCUACUCCCGCAACAUCUGAGUAUCAGUUACUGUGUGGUAACCAGGCACCUGGCUUCAUCAUUGACAUCCACACUGGCAAGCCAAUUGACAUUGAUGAGUGUCGAGAGAUUCCUGGCAUCUGUGCUAAUGGAGUCUGCAUCAACCAGAUCGGUAGCUUCCGCUGUGAAUGUCCCAUGGGUUUCAGCUACAACAACAUACUACUCAUUUGUGAAGAUAUCGAUGAAUGUAACAGUGGGGACAACCUGUGCCAACGCAACGCCAACUGUAUCAACAUUCCAGGAAGCUACCGCUGCGAGUGCUCACCCGGCUUCAAACUGUCUCCCAGUGGGGCUUGUGUGGAUCGUAAUGAGUGCCAGGAGAUUCCUAAUGUGUGCAGCCAUGGAGAGUGUAUUGACACACAGGGCAGUUAUCGCUGUCUCUGCCACAAUGGCUUCAAAGCUACCGCUGAUCAGACCAUGUGCAUGGACAUUGAUGAAUGUGACAGGCAGCCAUGCGGCAACGGUACCUGCAAAAAUACAGUCGGAUCCUACAACUGUCUCUGCUUCCCCGGCUUUGAGCUCACACACAACAACGAUUGCAUGGACAUAGACGAGUGCAGCGCACUCCAGGGGCAGGUGUGCAGGAACGGACAGUGCAUCAAUGGACUCGGCUCCUUCCAGUGUCUCUGCCAUGAGGGUUACGAGAAUACACCUGAUGGAAAGAAUUGUGUUGAUAUCAAUGAAUGUGUGAGUCUGCCUGGGACCUGCUCUCCAGGAACAUGUCAGAAUCUGGAUGGAUCCUUCAGAUGCAUUUGCCCUCCUGGAUAUGAGGUGCAAAAUGACCAGUGUAUAGAUAUCAACGAGUGUGAUGUGGAGCCCAACAUCUGCCAGUUUGGCACCUGCACCAACACUCCUGGUAGUUUCCAGUGCUCGUGCCAACCAGGCUUUGUUCUGUCUGAUAACAAACGGCGCUGCUAUGAUACCAGAGAGAGCUUCUGUUUCACCAAAUUUGAGGCAGGCAAGUGUUCUGUUCCCAAAGCCUUCAAUACCACCAAGGCCAAGUGCUGCUGCAGCAAGAUGCCUGGAGAGGGCUGGGGACUCCCCUGCGAGCUGUGCCCACGAGAGAGUGAUGCUGCUUUUGACACUCUCUGUCCUUAUGGUCAUGGAGCUCUGCCUGGCCCAACUGAUGCUCGUGAAGAUAUGAAUGAGUGUCUGGAUAACCCGGGCAUCUGUCAGAAUGGCAUCUGCAUCAACACAGAUGGCUCUUUCCGCUGUGAAUGCCCCUUCGGUUACAACCUGGAUUAUACUGGAGUCAACUGUGUCGACACUGAUGAGUGCUCCAUUGGAAACCCUUGUGGAAAUGGCACCUGCACCAAUGUGGUGGGAGGUUUUGAGUGUUCAUGUCAGGAAGGCUUCGAGCCAGGACCCAUGAUGACUUGUGAAGAUAUUAAUGAGUGUUCCCAGAAUCCUCUGCUUUGUGCCUUCCGUUGUGUCAACACUUUUGGAUCCUAUGAGUGUAUGUGUCCUGCUGGAUAUGUGCUGCGAGAUGACCAGCGCAUGUGCAGAGACCAGGAUGAGUGCUCCGAGGGGCUGGAUGACUGUGACUCCAAGGGCAUGACCUGUAAGAACCUGAUUGGCACCUUCAUGUGUAUUUGCCCUCCUGGCAUGCAGCGCCGACCAGAUGGAGAGGGUUGCAUGGACCUGAAUGAGUGCCGGGCCAAACCUGGCAUCUGUAAGAAUGGGCGUUGUAUCAACACAGUGGGAAGCUACCGUUGCGAGUGCAAUGAUGGCUUUGAGCCAAGUUCCACUGGAACUGAGUGUAUCGACAACAGAAAGGGCUACUGUUUCACUGAGGUCCUGCAGACCAUGUGCCAGCAGUCAUCCACCAACAGGAACAGUGUCACCAAGUCAGAGUGCUGCUGCAACACGGGCCGAGGCUGGGGGUCACAGUGUGAGCUCUGCCCACUGCCUGGGACUGUCCAUUACAAGAAGAUGUGCCCACUCGGCCCUGGCUACACCACUGAUGGUAGAGAUAUCAAUGAGUGUCAGGUGAUGCCUGAUCUGUGUCGUAACGGUCAGUGCAUCAACACCAUUGGAUCUUUCCGCUGUCACUGUAAUGUCGGAUACAAAACCGACUUCACUGCCACCUCCUGUGUUGAUAUGGAUGAGUGUGCUCUUUCACCGAAGCCCUGUAACUUCCUGUGUAAAAACACGGAGGGCAGCUACCUGUGCUCGUGCCCCAGAGGUUACAGCUUACAGCCGGAUGGAAAGACCUGCAAAGAUCUGGAUGAGUGUUCAACAAAGCAGCACAACUGCCAGUUCCUCUGUGUCAACACCAUCGGAGGCUUCACCUGCAAGUGUCCUCCUGGAUUCACCCAGCACCAAACAGCCUGCAUUGACAACAACGAGUGUUCAGCUCAGGCUAGUGUGUGUGGCAGCCGUGCAUCUUGUGUCAACACACCUGGAAGCUUCAACUGUGAAUGCACCAAGGGUUUCUCCUUGGACACUUCAGGCGUGGAGUGUGAGGAUGUGGAUGAGUGUAGCAGUAACCACCGCUGUCAACACGGCUGUCAGAACAUGCUGGGAGGUUACCGCUGCGGCUGUCCUCAGGGUUACGUACAGCACUACCAGUGGAACCAGUGUGUGGAUGAAAACGAGUGUCAGGGAGGAUCAGUUUGUGGCUCGGCCUCGUGUUACAACACACUGGGCAGUUUCAAGUGUGUGUGUCCCUCCGGCUUCGACUUCGAGCAGAGUGCUGGCGGCUGCCAGGAUGUGAAUGAAUGUUCCACAGGCACAAACCCCUGCAUCUAUGGCUGCUCCAACACUGACGGAGGCUACCUGUGUGGCUGUCCGGGAGGUUUCUAUAGAGCAGGACAGGGACAUUGUAUAACAGGCUCAGGCUUCCCUGGUCAGUUUGCGGAGGGCGAGGAGGAUGACAGCUUGUCUCCUGAGGCUUGCUAUGAAUGUAAGAUCAACGGGGGAGGAAAGAACGCCAGACACAAGCGCAGUGCUGACGGAAAUGAACUCAACCAGGAGCACACAGUGAGUAUGGCCAGUGUGGACAUCCAGGACUCGCUCCCCUUGAACAUCUCGCUUGCCUCAUUGCUCAAUAAGGAGCCCUUGCUGGAGCUCCGUCCCGCCCUGCAGCCCCUGCUGCACCACGUGCGUUAUGUUAUAACCCACGGCAACGCCAACGAACAAUUCCGCCUGCUGGAACGCCGUGACGGAAAGAGCGUGCUCCGGCUCGGUAAGAGGCCACCCCCACCAGGAUCCUACCGCCUGGAUAUUACCAGUCUGCCGUUGUUCGGGCCACGGAAACUACACCAACUGGAGGAACAGCAUGACAGUGACUACCUACAAGGAGAAAUAGGAGAAGCCCUGCGCAUCAAGCUCCUCAUCCACCUGCACUGAGCUCAGAGUGUGCUUACAGUCCUGCUCUGGAAUGUCUCCUGAGGCCUUUGAGUUUUAAUCCUUUAUCCAGUAACUCCUCUACCCGUCACCCCACAGGACCAUCUCACAAACAGGGGGAUGGAAAUCAAGGGCUAUGAAAGACUGACUCCAUCAGCCCAAUCCUACCACCACUUUGUUACUGU